GUUUCUUACAAUUUACUCAGACACACUAUGAUACAUGAAAAUGCCCACGUUUUCUAUUAAGGUAGAAAUAGUUACAAAUUUUUAAGAGAAUCUUGAGUCCCCGCUCAUUUUCUUCAAGGAAUCAUAAAUGUCCAUUUUUUUAUAAGAGAGCAUCGAUCAGUACCCAUAGAUCUGUAAAUAUUCAAAUUAUACAUGAAUAGCUGCUUAAAAUAAUGACUAAGAUGAAAUCAAUCUUUAGUAAAACAAUUGUUAUUACUAUGAUUUACCAAUCUUACGCUUGAAAAAGCCAAGAAAAAAGAGAAAGAAAUAAUCUAAUAUUGAUAAGAAAAGGAGGAGAAAAUAAUCAAAAAAUUAGGUAAAAAUUAAUAUAAAUCAAGUAGAUAUCAAAAGUAUAAUAAUCAAUCCCAUUCUCCCCGUAAGAGGACUAAGCAAUAUUACUUUAUGUCUUACAUUUUGGGCCUAAGUUUAUGAUAAUAGCUAAAUUUUUUCCAACGAAAACUAUCAAUAUGGUAAAAAAUAGAUAUUAUAAAAUGUUACGAUAUAAAUGGGAUUCCGUCUUAGGAUAGUAAGAAUUGUUUUAAUAUAGAUCAUAUGCUUAUCUUAAUGAAGACACUGAGUCAAAAAUUGAAAAUGUAAACCACAAUAAUUGUAGAGAUGAAACUUAGACAUACAGAAAUCAAAAUAUCAAUGUCAAAUUCUGAUUUUUAAAUUUAAAGUUGUGAAUAUUUAUUUAUUAUUUCACGUAAUGUGCCC